GACAAACAAUUUCCAUGUUUGUGCGUCGCAGUUUCUCUCCAUCUUCUCAUACUAAUUGAAAAUCUUUUCCCUGUUUAAAAACCCUAGACAGGGAAGAUUUUCAUAAGGUCUCUUGGCUUAGCUCGUUUUCUUCGAUUCUUCUUUAUCUUUUUGAGGGAAAACUUUUGAAUUCUCGAAGCGCUUCGAUUUCGCUAGGAUUUCAAGGUAAGAUUUUGAUCUCUCAUACUCUGUCUCUCUCUCUUGUCAAAUUGUUUUCUUAUCCCAAUCCGUCUGGAUUCAAUGGAUCGGUGUUGUGAUUGAUGUUCCAUUGUUAAGGUUUUGGGAUUUUUAAGGCUACAUUUUGUUGCGAUUGAUGUGUGUUCCUAAAUUUAAUCGGUUAAAUUUCUUAAAUUUUAAUUUUUUUAUUCGAUCAUCGCUUGAUCAUAGUUAAUUGCUUGUGGGUUUUUUUAAAAAAUCUUGCCAGUGGUUCGAAUUUGAAUUUUGAUUAAAUUUAUCCCAUUUUUAUAAUAAUGGUUUUAUGGCAAGUGAUUGUUCAUUAUGCUGUAGCUUUUCAUAAAUUUUCUUAAUAAACAAAUCGUCCUGGAAAUUUGACAAUCAUUGGUUAAACUGAUUUGCUGCUAUUUAGACUUUGAAGGAAGCAAAGUUUGUGAAAAAGGUCACUUUUUUGCUAAAAUAUUAUUCUAAUUAAUAUUCACAUAUAUAUCUUUCACUGUUUUUAAUUUAAAAAAAGUUUUCAGAGAAUAAAUUGUCUGUCUGUGCAUUUUCUAGACUUUUUUCGUAACGAGGCUUGUUUGCUUCGGAGGUGUUACGAUCCAGAUUGAACUCGUUAUGUUUUAGCAAGUUUCUUAAAACUUUCCAGUGUUAUUUUUCUCGAGAAGCUAAUUUAAUCUUUUAGCUCUCAAAUCAAGUAAAAGAAUUGAUUGCUUUUAGUGAAAAGUUGAUAUUAUAUUUACGGUGAACAUAUCUGUGAAAGGUGUUUUUUUAGUCUUUUAGGUUUUUUUGAGGCUGCUAUAUUUGGAUAGUGCAUAGAAUAAUCAUAAGCAGAGCAUGAGCACUCUUGAAGUUAGGGGCCCUCCUCUUAGAGGGUAUCGACGGAGGAAGGCAGUGUUGGAUCUAAAUGUUCCUCCCAGUGAAUUAAGGGAACAGGAGGGUACUUCGCAACAGGCUGGCCCUGAGGAAGUCUCUAGCCAGCCUGUACAGCCUGCGCCACCUGCCACUAUUGAUGUUGAGGCUAUUGAUGAUGAUGUAAUUGAAUCUUCUGCUAGAGCAUUCGCUGAGGCUAAAAAAAAUUCAAGGAGGAUCUAUGGAAGGACUGUUGUUGAUGUAGAUUCAGGACGGCUGGCUAGGUCAACUAAUAAUAAUCAGAACAAGCGCAGAAGACUUCCUCCGAGCCCAACAGUUAUCAAUUGUGAUCAUUAUAUCAAUUUGGAAAGCACGCCACAGUCUAUUGUUGAGGAAACUAUAAAGCCGCAACCACCUCCAAAGGAACCAACCUUCAAUUGUCCAAUUUGCAUGGGUUCAUUAACCGAGGAGAUGUCAACAAGGUGUGGGCACAUUUUCUGCAAGGCAUGCAUUAAAGCUGCAAUAGCUGCACAGGGAAAAUGCCCAACCUGUAGGAAAAGAGUCACUGUGAAGGAACUAAUUAGGGUCUUCCUUCCAUCAGCCAGUUGAAUAUGAGCUUCAUGCCAACUAGUAACGGAUAAUACAAACUGCCCUUGAAAAGAGAAAGAAUCAACAGAUUUGGUGUCAGUGGAACUAUUUUUUGAAUUUUGGAAUUUCUAACGUGCAUGUUUAAAACAAUGUUUCCAUGGACUAUCUUUUUGAUUAGUUAUCUGAGCGGGCUUUUUUGCUUUCAAAUAUGUAUGCAAAUCUGCCAGUUGAUAA